AUGAGUCUGGCAUGCCUGGUGUGCCAUAGUGUAGAAAGUCCAUCGCACUCUUUUAGGAGUUACUCUGUUUCAAGUGCAGAAAAUGAGGGAAGAUGUUCUGCCAUUGCCAACUGCUUAGCGAGGAGGCCAUCUUUUCCACUACCAACACAUUCCAACAUUGCAUCAUCCAAAGUAACCCCACAACCAACUCUUCCAAACAGCGGUUCCAUGUCAGGUGCUCCACGGCUAGUUCGAAGCCGGGCUGUGAGAAGGGACAUCGUGCAAGACUGGAACUUUGACGAGGUUGUGAUGGGGCGUUAG